AUGGCACUCUUACUUGAAAGUGUUCUUCCUUCGUCACAUCCUGUCCAGUCUCGGCCAGCCUCACGUUCGCCUCCCUAUACCACUUACGACUACCCCGCGCCAUAUCCAUCUCCAGCCUUGAUGUCUCCUCAAUCGCUUCACUCAUACAUGUCACGUCUACCGGAGAGUCCACUUCCUUCACAAGAGAUUAACCAUCUACCGGCAUCGGGCUGGUACGGCCCCUCAAUUUCGGCCCCAAAUUACCAUAGCGAGGUUCGUAAUUCUUCAUAUCACAAGAUCGACUCCUCACAAACGUUUGUCCAGACCAGCUACACUACAUAUGCCCAAUACAUGGCCCCGCAAACAUCUCCCACGACUGUACUACCGUCAGCCCCUUCUUAUGGAUAUCCAGCGAAACGUUUAGGUUCCAGCAGACGGAGUGAUCAAUCAGGUCAACCAGGUACAGCGACUUCGCCAAGUUCAGCCUACUCUACAGACUCCGCGGUACCUGACUCUGCACGACCUUCAGAGGAACCCCAGCGAGACCGCAAUAGUGUAGCUCAACAGCCAACGACUCGCCUGAGAGCUCAGUCUCACCUCAUGGACCGACCCCACAACAUCACUAACUCACUACAUCGCGAUCCCAUCGAGAGCCCAUGGUCUACAAAUCCCCUGGGCAUACAUUCUCCACACAAUUCAUACUAUUCAAGCUUUCCCACCAUGUCUCGUAGUCCUCGCCUUAGCGAGCCGCUCCUGGAGCUUCCGUCUAACCAUUUGACUUCACCCCAAUAUCGGCGUACCUACACACCGAUAGCUCCCCUACCCACCGAGGCACCGAGAUCGGACGGGGUAAAGCGAUCUCGAGAGGACGAAGAGGAGACUCCAGAUGAGUCCAAGCGAAGGAAACGAUCAGAUUCGACUACCUCUGCGCAAUUUGAGCUAAGUGAUGAAGACAAACUCCUUUUGCAACUCAAAGAGGAGGAGUGCAUGCCUUGGAAAGAUAUCGCAGCUCGGUUCCAAUCUGAUCUAGGCAAAACCUAUCAGAUCCCAGCCCUUCAGAUGCGCCUCAAGCGUCUGAAGGAGCGAAUGCGUGUAUGGACCGAAACGGACGUAAAGGCAUUGCGCAUGGCUCACGAGUACUGGGUGCAAUCGAAGUUCGACAUCAUAGCUCAAAAAAUGCUAGAAUUUGGGGCACAGGAGAAAUGGACAGCUCGCCAGUGUGCAAGGAAAUGGACGACGGAGCUCGAACCCGCAACCUAUGCGAAUUUCGAUCAGCAAGUUCAGCAAGGUUUCGCGCCCUACACUAUGAGUCCGGUGGAGCCACCAACUACCUAUCUUCCAUUUUUACACGUAUGA